GUGAGUACUGCGCAGUGAGUCAGAAAGCAUGUGAGUAGGCCUACUUGUCCAGGAGCUGAGAUAAUAGUACGUUUGAGGUACUAACAUAAAGGAAGUUUUCCAUAUUUUGUUAAUUGUCUUGUUUUCGUGUGCAAACCUGUUACGUGUAUUGGUACGUUUUUCAAUUAAAAUUCGGCCUGACCUCGACACUCUAGAAGAAAAUAAAUACUGGGAUUAAAAGUGUGACCUACGUGAUUUGCCAGUCCUGUAUGUUUUCCCCACUUGCUUUCUUUGAUUAGUGAGGCAUGAGGUGUAGAACCGAAAAACUUACAACGACCACACAGUACAUUCAGGUAAUUGUCAACAUUGUUGUUUGUUGUGGCGUGGCUGACAAAUCAGGUCGAUUGCAGUGUUACUCUUGAUCUUUCUAAGCUGGCUUAGCCGAAAAGACCAGUUGUAAAAAAUAGUCGGCCAUAGCAUGGCAUCAUCGGAAGGACCAAUCGCUGGAACAGCCAUCUGCAGACGACAACCCACUCCGAUCUCUAUAAUGAUGUUCUGUUACCUUACAAUAUGCAUUAUCAUUUCAGUUAUAUUUAAAGUUAAUUCAUCUCCGGUGUUGCCGAAACAGUCAGAAACGGUCGUAUCCUGGUCGCUCUGGGGUAACUGCAGCAGAUCAUGUGGGGGAGGGUUAGCUGAACGCGUCAGUAUUUGCCAUGGGAACAAAGGUACUUUGACGGAGGGGAGUCAUAAAUGCAAAGAAAAUGUACAAUACAAACUAUGUAAUUAUCAAAGCUGUCCAGUUGGAAAAGGAGGUGAUCGGUGGCACCAACUAUGCGCGCGAUAUGAUAACGCUUAUUAUCAUUGGAGGCCGUACAAGCCCAAAGUAGAACAUAUCAACCCAUGUGCGUUACGUUGUUACGCUGUACAGAAUAUUAAACUCGUGGUGCAGUUACCAGACAUGCACGACGGUAAGCUUUGUAGCAACCCAGCACAUGACAUUAUACGAGGCGUCUGUCACAAGGGUGAAUGUGUGAAAGUAGGCUGCGACAACGUACUUAAUUCUGAAAAGAAAAUUGACGUCUGCGGAAUCUGCGGUGGAAAAUCGAAAGCCUGCGAGGCUAUCGAGGGCGAAUUUCAAACAGAUAAUCUCAAAGUAGGGUACAACGAGGUCGUUCAGAUUCCAGCAGGUGCAAAAAACAUCCAGAUAAUAGAAAAACGUGGAAAGAACUACUUAGCCCUUCGAAACGAUGCUGGUGAAUACUUUCUGAAUGGUAAUUGGUUGAUUGAACGUCCUGGACAGAUACCAGUUGCAGGGACACUAGUGAACUAUAGGCGGCCUCAGUUGUGGGUAAUGGGACGGCUACAGGGGGAGUGGGAGACCAUCACAGCGCCUGGUCCAACAAACACUAGUAUUUGUGUUAUGGUUCUGUGUGCAGAUACUUCAACACACAUUGAAUAUAGGUUCACACUACCAACCGUGGGUCAAGAUGAGACGUUACAUUUUGACGUCAUUGGCUCAGACAAAUCUGGAGAAAUCAAUCAAGAGUACUUUCAAGCUGCUGAACAGCCGCCACACAUGUCUUCACCCACUACAACUGCUAAUCCUGCCAUCUCCUCUUAUACUACAACAGUCCAAUCGGGUGUGAAAACUACACUGAAUACUGCCAGACCGCAUGGUGAAGAUGUUUUGACUACCACACCUCAAAAGAAGUUUAGAGUAUUAAAGGAUGUGUAUACCAUCCAUAAGACGACAGUGAGUGGCCGUUUGACUAGUGAGGAAGGCAAUGAAGCUAGUGUUUCCUACGGUUCGUAUGACUCAAAUAUAUCAAGAUUUCGACACCACGCCGUCGUAUACGAGGAACCAUCUGAAUACACCACAGAUCAUGAAAGAUCCCCUGGCUUAGUGAUAGACAUCAAAGAGAAUUUACCUGUCACUCCUAAACAACAUUCCUCGGCAGAGAUUAUACAGACGGUGGAGGAGAUCAUUGGAGAAAGUCAACCUAGAAGUCAAAACGCACCUUCUGGCCAAGAGCAAGAAGAUAAAUUGAAAGACACAGUGGAUCCAAAAUGGGGAGGCUCAUUUCAUAGUCAAUUUAUUACAGGUAGACCGAUCGGAAUGACUGAGUACAUUGACACAGAGACAACAGAUGUUAGCUCGGAAUCAGACCAAACAUGGGCUCCACUUUCUCUGAUAGAACAGGAAUCAGCUUUUGAGCUAUCUGAACUAAUCAUAGCGGAUGUCGUCUAUCCAGAGGAAACUAUUGUUGAAGACUUUAAUGCACCAACUAAGGUUUAUGAUUAUAAUUCUACCGAAGUUACGAACGUAAAUCUCAAUGGUGAACGGAACAAUUGGGGUAGUGUACAGGACACGUAUUAUGCCAAUAAUGGCGGUUUCGAUAGUACCUAUACUUGGACUACAUCUGGGUCAACCGAAUGUUCAGCAACAUGCACACGAGGUGUGUCAUCAAGAUACCCCUACUGCCAAGGCCCAGACGGCAAACGCGUUAGUGAUGAUUACUGUGACAUUUCCCUGAAGCCGAACCCGACGUACAAUGAGUGCAGCUCCCAAUAUUGCGAACCCAGAUGGGAAGUUGGUAAGUGGAGUGGAUGUUCAACGACAUGUGGUGAAGGGCGACUGGUACGCCUUGUGAAUUGCUGGCGGAUGAUCAGACAAGGCCUCGACAGUUCUGUCGACAACCGUCAAUGUGCUCACAUUCCAAAACCGAAUUCAUCAGAGUCAUGUCAAAUUAUCCCUUGUGAUCAAACAUGGACGGUCUCCGAGUGGAGAAGUUGUAACGUCAGCUGCGGAGAUGGCUACGAGACGAGAGAUGUAGAAUGCGUCGGUCCAGCACACUUGUUGUGUGACCAAACCACGAAGCCGUCUACUUCGAAACCGUGUAAUGCAGGGAUAUGCACGUACCGAUGGCAUACUUCAGAAUGGACUCCAUGUCCCGGUAUUUGCGGCGUACAGACAAGAAAUUUGGAGUGCCAACUUUACAAUGGAACAUCGGUAGCGCCGGAGAUGUGUCGGAAAAUUGAUCGGCCUUAUGAAACUCGGUUGUGUGGGGCUAAGACAUGUCCCCCUCGAUGGAUUGCUCAACCGUGGUCUCCCUGUUCAGUGAAGUGUGGUCAAGGAACACACACUCGGAGCAUCCUAUGCGCAUCCGUCGAAUUCAAUAAGAUGCGCGUGUAUCCAGAGGACUCCGGACACUGCCGAGGACUUAAGCCCCUAUCGACGUCCAACUGUAUAACUAGUGAUUGUGUUGGCAGAUCAGUUGGCCAGUGGUUCACAUCGGAAUGGUCACAGUGCUCUGUCACGUGCGGUAACGGCAAUAAAGAGAGAGAGGUCAAAUGUUAUUACGAAGGUGUUGAGGUCAACGGAUGUAAAGACAUCUCUAGACCAUCGUCACGAAUGGUUUGUCGUAACACUCCAUGUGUUGCUGCGCUUACGGUUCAAUCUAACACAGGCACAGUGUGCAAGGAUUUACCACAUCAAAGUUGCGGUCUAAUUAAAGCACAUCAAUUAUGUAGGCUCCAGGUGUACAAUAGGAAGUGUUGCGCAACUUGUGCCAGUCGUUAGGUUACAUUUUCUAUAUCAUAGAGGGCGCUUUUAGAAUUAUAGUAAGCGCUUUUUUUUACCAUUCCCGCAAUUACAAUAUCAUCAAUUUCUAUGACCAUGUCAUUUGUGAGAUAAUUAAUUUAUUCAAUGUUUUGAAAAUAAAAUUUCUGAAUUUCAAACCUUACCUUACUCGGUCUUAAAUUAGGAAGAACUUGAUUGUAUAAUAAUAAAUAACUUUCCGACAAAAAAUAUUGUAAGUAUUAUGUGCAGUUGACGUGAAGUAUCUAAUUGCCAGUCGUUGGUGGCGUCAUAUUGAUAGUUUUUUUUUUGUUUUUUUGUUUUUGUAAACUAAUAAUGCUCUUUGGUAAUUAUAUAUUUUUUAGUUACCAAACCGCUAAGUAUAAACUAUUCAUGUUAUUGUAUUUUUGUAUGUAUGUAAAUUAACUUGACAUAUAAGCCUAAUGGGUUAGUCAUUUGAUAACAGCCAGUUUAUGAAUACAUUGAUUUUUAUGAAUCGAUAAUUAAAGCCUUCAGACGACUUUGC